UUUUCUUGUUAUGAUAAGAAGCGGGCUUCGGAGCAAAUAUCUUAACCAACUCCAAUGAAAACAUUUUAACAAUUUAAAAUCCCUCAGAUUUCGGAAUUCAGAAAAAGAGUAGUAGUCAGCUGCCCCAAAUCUUCUUCUUAGACACCGGUCCGUCAUUCCUCCGAUCAGCGGCGGAUACCAAAAAAUCUGCUUAUAAGCCAAAAGAUGGCUCCAACGAAGAACGUCCGUGCAAUCUCACAAGAGGCCUUCGAUGAGUUUGUGAAAGAGAACAUCGACGAUCUCGGGAUGGACCCCGCCGAAGCCCUAGAAGACGCCAUCCAAACACUCUCCCAUCAAGGCGUCGAUCUCUCUGGGAUCGUGAAGUGUGUGCCUGGGGAAGGUGGCGGCGUCAUGGACCAUCCGGCGAUACAAUGUUUGCAUAAACUAAAUCAACUAAAUUCCGACUCAAAGCAUCUAUUCGACGCUCAAGAUUUAGUCCAAAUCGCGGAAUUACUUAAUAACCUAAGUGAAUUGUGUUGUGCUAAUAAAGAAGAUUCGGGAAAUGCUGCAAUCAUUGCUAAAAAUGGUGGUAUUGCAUUAGUUUGUUCGAUCUGUAGUAAGAUUCCAACUUAAUCAAGGCAGUCUCUAGUUUCUUGCUUAAAGACCAUGGCAUCAUUGCUCACUGAUGUUCAAAGUACUGAGAAUAGUAGGGCAAAUGGUGGGCCGAAGACUGUGGUUAGUAUUCUUAGUUAUGGGAUUCAAGAUAUAGAUAUCUUGAAUUCAGGUUUCUCUGUUGUUGCUGUGGCGGCGACUGGUAAUGAAGUUGUUAAACAAUCAUUUAUGGAGUUGGGAAUCGAUGGGCUGAUUCUUCAAGUUUUGAGUGGACAAAUUCAGGGAAGUGUUCCAAUCUUAUAUGAUGCUAUUCGUGUUCUGUUAACAUCUGAUGAUAAUCGUGUUGUUGCUUCCGAAGUUUAUGGUUAUGCACGAAGAUUUGCAAAAAUCGGAAUUGCAAGAGCUCUUGUGGAAUCUCUUCAUGGAGAGUUUAGUUCACCUGGGCUUGUUUCAGCUUGCAUAGCACUAAAAGCUAUUGCUGUGAAUGAUGAAAUAUGUAAGUCAAUUGCUGAUGCGGGUGGUAUUGAUGCGCUUCUGAAGUGUGUUGAUGAUAGUGGUGAACAACGCAACAAAACUGUAGCUAGAACUUGCUGUUCUUUGUUAUCCAAGUUGGCAGGAAGUGACUCAAAUAAGAGUGCUAUAGUUGAGAAAGGUGGUAUGGACAUGCUGAUUAAAUUGUCAGCAAGAUUUUCUGAUGACCCGUCUGUGCUGCAAGAGGUCAUGGCCAUUAUUUCUGUACUCUGCUUGAGAUCACCGGACAAUGCAACUCGUGCCAUUGAAGCCGGAGCUGGGGAAUUUUCUAUCCAGGCCAUGCAGAAGUUUCCUGCUGCUCAGCAGAUGCAGAGAAGUUCCUGCUUCAUGAUGCGGAAUCUUGUUGUGAGGAACCCCGAAAACAGGACCCUGCUGCUGAAUAACGGUAUUGACAAGUAUAUCCGUAAGGCGAAAGAAAAUCACGAAGGUUGCAAGGAUGCUGCUACUGAUGCGCUAAGGGAUUUGGGGCUUGAUAACUAUAACUCAUAGUUAUGAACUAUAAGGGAUUCAUUCUCUUUUCUGUGUGGUUAAAUUUUUGUGAUUUUCAUUAAUUUUCAAGAACUGAAUACACU